GCGGUCCAUCCUGGUUAGGUCAGGUUGAUCCUGAAUGCAGUCUAGUCCAAGCAUAUAAUCUCGAGCAAUUGAUCUCUCCCUCUCCUGGUGAUGAAUGCAGUUGAGGAUGCUGGAGACCAUGUUGAAUGGGUCUGAAUGGUCACUCCUGGUCCCAUACAGCGGAUGGAUGGAUAGAUGGAUGGAUAUGUCCCGCUGGAUGCGCCCCCAACCCGUCUAGCAGUGACUUCAUACAUGAAAGAUCUGAAAGGAGAAAGAAAAAGGCCGUUCCCAAAUCUGGUCCGCACGGAGCUCAAAUAGGGUCUGAGGGACAAUGGACACCAACCUUAAUUCGAGCCACCUGCUGCUGCUGCUUCUGCUGCUGCUGGAGGAAAGGGAUCAACGGGACGCAGGAAGACAUGCACCAGAGGGGUAGGGGGGAAGGAAAGAACUACUUGGAUGCAACGCGCUUGCACGGGGAAACAAUUCAGCCCUCUGCUUGCUUCACCUUCUUCUUCUUCUUCAUCUGCCUCUUCACAUGCCCCCCCGACCUACAGCUGAGACCAUCCAGCGGAGACUAUCUGCAGAUCCAGGGACCAUGUCAGGCCACAAAGAUGUGCACGAUCAACAGGGAGAUAAGGAUCGAUCGGUCGACUGCAGGCGGGAUGGGACUGAGGACACACUGGGCCCCGGGGCGAGGCGGAUACAUCGGCGAGCGUACAUGUACAUGAGGUGCGCCUUUUCUUUCUUUUCUUUUGGUUCCUCAGAAACGAAAGGAGAAGGAGUGCAGCGUCCUCGCAUGUGACAGAGAUGCGACUGGCUUCACUUGUGCGCCUGAGGGUGUGGAGAAGAAGCACUCACACCCUCACUCCACGCGCA